UCAACCCUCGCAUUCACCAUUCGCCCUCUCACUUGUCUGUCACGUGCUCACUGUUAAACCGCGUUUGUGAUCCGCGGUUUCUUGAUUGUAUUCUGUGAGGCUGCGCUAGGUCACACGGAAGGCAGCAUCCAGGCACCGUUUCAGCACCUCGAUGGUCACCUGAACGCGCCUCGAGUAUCCGCCGCGUCCUUCGUCCCAUCGUGCCUGAGCCUUUUGUCGCACAUAGUUCAUUCAGCAUGUUCAAGAGCACAGCGUUCCUGUUUGCGUCGCUCAGAGCGGCGUCCUGCGCGCAGCCAGAGGCUCAGCAGCCAAUAGCAGCGCCUUUGCGUGAGCUACCCUGGGCACAGCUCAACUUCCUGCAUACCACCGACAUACACGGCUGGUGGGGUGGCCAUCUGCAAGAAGCCUCUUUUUCAGCAGACUGGGGCGACUAUGUUUCCUUUGCCAAGCACAUGCGCGACAAGGCUGACGCAGAGGGCGUCGAUCUUUUGGUUGUCGACACAGGUGAUAGAGUAGAGGGCAAUGCCAUCUAUGACUCGUCGAAGCCUCGAGGGAAGUUCACAUACGAGAUUGCAAAGGAGCAGCACAUCGAUCUCAUCAGCUCUGGCAACCAUGAGCUUUACAAAGCAGACACUGCUGAAGGCGAGUAUUACCACACAGUGCGCGAUUUCCAAGGAAGCUACCUGGCCUCAAACUUGGAUAUAUACGACCCCAGGACUGGGUACCUGGAGCCGCUCGCACCGCGCUACAAGAAGUUCACUACGAAGAACCAAGGGAUUCGCGUCUUAGCGUUUGGCUUCAUCUUCGACUUCACAGGCAAUGCGAACAAUACUGUCGUAACAAGAGUAGAAGACACCGUCAAUGAAGACUGGUUCAAGGAAGCAUUGAAAGACGACGACCUCGACUUGAUUGUUGUCUUUGGCCACGUUGAUAUCCGCUCUCCCGAGUACGCGAUCUUGUUCUCUACCAUCCGCGCGGCGCACAACGAUCUGCCAAUCCAGUUCUUCGGUGGACACUCACACAUCAGAGACUACAAGAUCUUCGAUGACAAGUCCGUCGCACUCGAGAGUGGUCGAUACAUGGAAACGCUAGGCUUCAUGUCCAUCGAUGGGCUCAGCACCGGUGGCAAAGACGAAAGUGCAGCCACACCUCAGAAGCCGGUAGUCACCUUCUCCCGUCGCUACAUCGACAACAAUCUCUUCUCACUGCGCCACCACAGCGGCAAAGACGAGAAGACCUUCCCUACCCAGUAUGGCCUCAAUGUCUCAAAAGCCAUCGGUGACGCCAGAGACUCCCUCGAUCUAACAAAGAAGUACGGCUGCGCUCCACGCGAUCUCUGGAUCAGCAGACGCCCAUACCCGCACAAGGAGAGCAUCCUCUCAUGGAUCGAAGAAGAAGUUCUGCCUGACUCCAUCGCCGAAUCGCAGCGUAUCAAGAGUGGCGGCAAAGCACUCGUCAUCCAAAACACCGGCGCUAUCCGCUUCGACGUCUUCAAAGGCGCAUUCACCAAGGACACAAAGUUCCUCGUCUCGCCCUUCACCAGCCCACUGCGACUCAUCAAAGACGUGCCGUACAAGGCUGCUAGCCAGGUCAUCAAGCUUCUAAACAAUGGCGGGCCGAUACUGCUAGAGAUGAUGGAAGCAAAUGCCUUUCUGCAGCCGCCUGAAGUCACCGCAGCACGGUUUCGACCAGACUUGCUGUCAUUCGCUCAAUCGUUUGAGAGCCAGAGUGGUGGUGGUGGUGGUGGUGGUGGUCAGAGUCCCAUGCUUGCCGAGGUACCAGCACUUAUCCCUGGCUACACCACCCACGACGACGCCGGCAUCGACGGUGACGACACCGUUCACUCCAAAAUCGCAUUCUACAACGUGCCAAACUGCAUACAAUCCGCAGUUGGCUUCGACUCGAACAACAAAGAUGAGGAGCCGCAGACUGUGGAUCUCAUGUACAACGGGUUUAUCCAGAAGUGGAUACUCAUGGCGCUGCAGUACAUUGGGCAGAAGUACACGAGCGAUGACACGGAGGUCUAUGCGCAAGGAGAGAGUUUUACGGAUAUCAUGACUGGCUGGGUGGAGAAGCAUUGGGCGAGUGAGGGUGAAUGUCCCAAAUAAGCACAAUGAGAGCCCUAUGAUUCCAGCUUCCCGAGCACCACGCCGCCAGCCUCGAUUGCAAUAUGUAAGUAGCUCAGCCGUGCAACUUUCCUGCAAACCCACACCUGCACAUCAUCAGCGUUCUCCCCUUUCGCAUACGAGUUCACUAUCAACGCAUCCAUCCUGAUGCCCUUGAACUCCCUCGCCGACACCUUCUGCUCAAACGCCAUAUCAAUCCCCGCAAACCUCAUCCUGCGAAGUCGACCAUCGGAUCAAUCGCCGAUCCUCGCUUACAUUCUUGACGCUGGAGGGCAGUGGCGUACCCCUGGUAUUGCAUACGAGGUGGCUCGCAAGUCUGACGAUAUGGUAAAGUGGCGACAGGAGAGCAACACGAGCGACGUGGCAGUGCAGAACCGUAGGUGACUCUUUUUUUUUUUUUU